AUGCCGUCACGAGCAAUCCCGUCGCCGGCACCGGUGAAUCCGCCGUCGUCAGUUCACCACGAGAGGACCACGCGCAUCUUCCCGCCGCUUACGGCCGCCGGCGUCGGGUUCUCUCUCUUCAUCACACUCUCCGUCUGUUUCUGCAAAUUCAGCCGCAAACGUCGAUCCUCUAACGCGGUAGACUCGUCCUCUUCGCCGCCGCAUCAGAGACCGCCGUUAAAUGAGUUCUCUUACUCGUCUCUCCGCAAAGCCACCGCCUCUUUCUCGCCGGAAAACAAGCUAGGUCAAGGCGGGUUCGGUUCCGUGUUCCGCGGAAACUUACCUAAAUCGUCCGGUGGGAAUGUAGCCGUUAAGGUAAUGGAUUCAGGUUCUCUUCAAGGAGAGCGUGAAUUUCAGAACGAGCUCUUCUUCGCCGGUAAGCUUGAUUCUCCUCAAGUAGUUUCCGUUAUCGGAUUCUCUCAAGACCCAAAACGACGCCGUCUGAUUCUCGUCUACGAGCUCAUGGAGAACGGAAAUCUCCAGGACGCGCUUCUCCACCGUAAAUCCCCUGAGCUCAUGGAAUGGAAUCGGCGGUUUCUCGUUGCGGUUGACAUCGCGAAAGGGAUCCAACACCUCCACAGCUUGAACCCGCCUGUGAUUCACGGCGAUUUGAAACCUAGCAACAUACUACUGGAUCGAACCUUCUCUGCUAAAAUCGCCGAUUUCGGUCUCGCGAGGUUGAAAUCAGAUCAUGUUGAAGUCACGGUAGCAUCAGAGAAUGAUGAGAUUAGGUUUGAGAGUAAUGGAUCUGUAGUGGAAGAUGUAGAGAGUGUGAUAACUAACACGACUGGGUAUGAGGAAUCUAACUUUGGGUUCACUGAUCAGUCUCCGGUGAGUGUUUCCAAGGUCCCUGGGUCGCCGGAAACGUUGCAGGUGCCACUGACAUCGCCGGAGACGACGACGACUACUGUCUCUGUUUCUCCGGAAAUAGCAGAGAAAGUCAGUGACUUUAAUGUGGUGAAACGAAAUGGGAAAGAGAUGGAGAACAAAGAUUGGUGGUGGAAGCAAGAAGGCAAUGGUGGUAAAGGGAAAGUGAAGGAUUAUGUGAUGCAAUGGAUUGGCUCAGAGGUUAAGAAGGAAAGACCGAGUAGCGAUUGGAUUGGUGAAGCCGCUGAAGCAGCUUCUUUGUCGAGUAAGAAGCUUGAGAAGAAGAAGAGUAGCAAGAAACUAGAAUGGUGGCUUUCGUUGGAUGAAGAUAAAGAGAAGAAGAAAAAGAGGAUGGUGAGAGAAUGGUGGAAAGAUGAGUAUCGAAAAGAACUCGCUAAGAGAAUGAAGAAGAAGAAGAAGAAGAAAACUUUGGAGUCUGAGUUUUACAGUGAUGAGGUGAGUGUUGAUGAAGAAGAAUCGUACAGAAGGAAGAGAAGAGGUAGCAGCAGUAACAGUAUAAGUAGUAGCAUAGAUUGGUGGUUAGAUGGGCUAAGCGGUGAGCAAUGGAGAGCACGGCGCAGAAACAGUCAUGAUUCAGUUAAAAGCUGUGGAGUCACUAGCACGCCGAGCAUGAGAGGGACGAUGUGCUACGUUGCGCCUGAGUGUUGUGGUAAUAACAUGGACGAUGUCUCUGAGAAAUGUGAUGUGUAUAGCUACGGAGUUUUGUUGUUAGUCCUGGUUUCAGGACGACGUCCGCUGGAAGUAAACGGACCAGUCUCUGAGAUCAUACAGCGCGCGAACCUCAUGUCGUGGGCACGGAAGCUUGCGAGAAGAGGGAGACUCGGUGAUCUUGUGGAUGAAAAGUUGCAGGCUUUGGACCAAGAACAAGCGGUUUUGUGCAUAAAGGUAGCUCUUCAGUGUCUGCAGAGAUCACCGGUCUCAAGACCUUCGAUGAAAGAAGUUUUAGGGAUGCUUACCGGAGCGAUGAGCCCACCGGAGUUGCCUACAGAGUUUUCGCCGUCACCACAGUCGCGAUUCCCGCUCAAGACACGAAGGAAGCAGCGUCGAUAG